GAGAAAGGAAGGAGGAGGAGAAGGGAGAGAAAAAAGGAAAUGGGGCGGGCAUUAAAUCAACUGCUGAUGUGAGACUGUGAGCUGUUCACAAGCAAGUUGCUGUUUACUGUAUCUUUAGUGUUUCUGGAGGGUUGCUGGCAAUUGACAACCUUACACAGAAAGAAGACAUGUCUUCUCCUCCCAAAGAGAAAAUGGACACCAAAGGCGGUCACCUUCCUGCUGUGAAGGCUGGUGGGAUGAGGAUAGUGCAGAAACAUCCUCACUCACCUCAUGCAGAAACUAAGGAAGACAAAGAUAAAGAUGAAGAGAACUGGGAAAGUGGCAUAGUGCAACCUAAACCAACAUUGAUUAUUUCGGGAGCUGUUGCAAGGGGUGACAAGGAUUUUCCCCCAGCGGCAGCCCAAGUAGCUCAUCAAAAACCUCAUCCAUCGGUAGAAAAGUUGCCUUCUGCUCACCAUAUGAACCACCACAUCCAUCAGCCUCGCAAGUGAAGGGUGAAAUAUUAAUAAAUGUGCAGUUUCAGUCACCAAUUGCCAAAAAAAUAAAGAAUUAAAAUCUGAUCCAUAUCCUGAUCUACCACAACAGUUUAGCACUUGUUUAGUAACAAUGUUAUGUUGGACCUUCUCUACUUGUUAACUUUAUAUGAUUUUUUAAUAUAUUGAAAUCCUUUAGAUCCUUGUGAUAUUCCAGCUGUAUUCUCUAAAUUUUUCUAAUUCGGUACAAAUUGUUCAUGAAUUUAGUAGAUUUUCUAUUAUUUUUUUUUAAUCAUUUUUACCCUGACUCCUGUUAGAGUCAGUCUCGAACAUAUGAUCUCUCAGUGCAGUGCAUUUGAGGUAAUGUAAUAAUAGCAUGGUCCCGUUCUGUCAGGUAGCAUGUACAACCUUUUAUUACAUUACCUCCAAAUUGUUUAUACUCUCAGGCAUUUCAGUUCAAUUAAAAAAUGUACUUUUAAUAUUUUCAUUAUCAAACACAUAUCACCAGAAAUGAAAUGUAAUAGUUAGUACCAGAUAGUCUACAAAGAAUUAGUAUGUGGAACUCAAGUGAAACUUCAUACUACUGCAUAAUUGUUAAUUAGCUUUUUUACAGAAAAAAAGGUGAAAUGGUAUGUAAUAUCUUCCUCCAAAGUUUAGGAAUCCUAAUAGAAUCACCAAUAGAUCAAUUGUUUGUAUUCUAUCUUUUUAAAAACAGCUGUAUUAGGAGCUGUUUCUGCUACUGACCACAUCAGCAGUCAUCAAAAAUAGACACCGAUCAGAUGUCACCAGGGUCGGACUGGGCUCUUGUGGGCCCCGGGUCUCUUGGGCCCCGCAGGCCCAGAUCCUUCGAUUUCCCCGCUCCUUCCUGCUGCGACUACAUGCACACAAUCGCACGGUGGCCCCAGUACGACCCUGAAUGUCACUUAUCUGUAGAGAGCAUGGCCACCACCCUUCUGAUUUUAUGAUGGUCAAAUCUUCACCAGUCAGAUGCAGCUGAAAGAACUAGCACUUUUAUCAGAAUUCCCCUACACUUUUGGGAGAACUUUACAUCCACUUUAAGGGACACUUAACAUUUACAUUCCAUUUAACAGCAAAAGAGAUAUACAUUUGGUGAUAUGAGGAUCAGUUUUGAGUUUGUUUUUUUAAAGUUAUACCAACAGCUAAUGUCAUUACAGCAGUCAAAAAAAAUCAAACAUUGUGAGAUAAAACAUUUUUAUAGUUAACUUUUUAAAGAGGCUAUUUAAUGAAAUGUAAAAAGUUUGCUACAGGUCUAAUCAGCAGGUAGCAUUCACCUGUUUAGAAGCAAAUAUCUUAUUGGUUGCUAUGGAUUACCAUACCUAGCCUAAUUUAGUGCUUUUUAUUACUGAGUGUGUUACAGUGUGUUCUGCUGUUGACUUUAGUAGUUGUUUUUUAACUCCUUAUUCUUUUGAUUCAUAAUCAACAGGUGUAUAAUAAAAAUUGCUGUGUAUCGUUACAAAUGUAUUGCUUUGGUGAUAGUGGUCAUAUAAUUUUUUACUGUUAACAGUGAAUAAAAAUUACAGAGUAAAAAAAAAAAAUAAGAUUUGGAUCUAAAAUUGCAUAUUCAAAAUUAAAGCCAUUAAAAUUUAGAUGUAUAAUCUAUUCUGAAGACAUUGUGAUUUCAAUGUAUAUUUCCUUAUUUUGACUAAAGCAAUGACAGGGACCAAAAUGGCUAAAGUUUUUGUGCUGUUUUUCUUUCAAAACUUCAAUGCAUGGCAAUUGUUCAUACUGCCCUGAAUGCUGCAGUAGCCAUUUAUGCCCUAGUAUGCCACACUUGUUUGCCUGGUGUAAAUUCUAAUUGUUUCAAAUUAAUUUUGUAUAAAAGAGCCUAAUUUAAAUAACUUUUUAUGGUGUAGCUUAAAUAAUGAUCUUCUUUAUUGAAAUACAGACAUUUUAUUUCUUAAAACAUAAUAUUGUUCAAUGUUAAUAUAGCAAACUGCUAGGAAAAGAAGAUAGAUUAUCAAGUUUGAUAACCUUCAGAUUAAAGGAUUUGUGCUAAAUACCAGAAUAAUAUGUCAGCAGAUCUUUUAAUUCAUCAAAUUGGUUGGAAAUAAAUCUUUAGUAAACCCUUACAGGUUUUAAAGGGACAGAGUACCUUUAGGUAACAUCUGUUUCAAAGCGCACAAAUAACAUCAGUUUUAAUUUCCUUUUUUGUACAGUUUAUCUAAACUGUAGGUUUCAAGAAUGAUUGUAUUUUUCUACCUCUCAUAAAUUUGCUAUAAGGUAGGUUUGCCAACCUGAACUAUUAAACUGCUGUCAGCGAAAUGCCAGCAACUAACAGUCUGUCACAGACUUUUGUAAAGCUCCAGGAGCAUGUUUAGUUGGAAAGAAAGAUUAUCAUGCUACCGAGCACUGUAAAUGUAUUAUCAAAGUAAUUAAUCUGACUUACUGAUCUGUGCUACUGGAAAAUAUGGGAGGGAGAAAAAUUCAUUAUUAAAACUUAAAUAAUAGAGAACAGUAGAGAAAAGGCUUAUUUUGUGUGUGCUAUUUGAAACUGAUAAAUGAAGAACUACCCAUUUAACUCUCUUAAACUACAGUGUGCCCUGGCAGAUUUUCAUCUAAACCAUUUAAUAUCUUAAACAUGUAAAUAUUUAUUUUGUUGUAUUAUUGUGUUUUAAUUGACCUAUAAUUUUAAACCUUGUCCGAAACAUCUAUGUACAACCUGAUAUAGCCUCCUCAAUAAGCGUGGCUCUGUCUAGUUUUAGGACUGCCAACAUCCAGUCAUGGACACAUAAAUAUAAAACAAAUAUAUUAAGUCAAUAAGAGGAAUAUUUUUUGAACCAAAUACAUCUCAAUUUUUAGUAGUACAUAGGCAUGGUGAUAAAUCAAUAUAAAUACCAGUGUUUUGAUACCUUUAAUACAAUUCACCCAUUUCUAUCAAUAUUUUUAAAAGUAUCUGUUUACGAACAGGGCACUAGACACAUUUUGUGCUACAUUAGAUUCAUUUUCCAAAUAGCUAUGAAAGAGUUAUUUCUAAGAUGCGUACAUGGAUCAUUUAUGCUAUCCGAUAAUUCAUAUUCAUUUAAUAAAAGCAGGUUUGCAUAUAAUGGACUGUGUCAAUUUUCUUAAAUUAAAUUCUUCAUUUCAGUA